AUGGCGGUUGGCAUGAACAUCAAGGAGCUUUUUGUCAGAGGAGAUUCUGAUAUGUUGAUACAUCAAGUUCAAGGAGAAUGGACUACCAAGAACGUCAAGAUCCUUCCGUACCUGCACUGUUAUCCAGAUAAGAAUUACAUCGACCCUAUCGAGAUAGAAAUCAGGGAUCAACAUGCGUACUGCUUUUAUGUAGAUAAAGAACCAGACAGUAAGCCGUGGUACCACGACAUCAAAAGGUUCCUUGAAAUAAGAGAGUAUCCAGAGAAUGCCAUGAGCACUAAGAAGGCUAGCGAAUCACUAUUUCAUCAAUGGGGAAGUCCUACAUAG